AUGGCACACUUGGAGGAGAGCUGGGCCCGGGGCGAAGCGCUGCUGAGCCUCCAGCGGAAGUUCGGGGACCUGGCCAUCCGAGCGCAAGAUGGUGAGGUGCCCGCAAGUCGUUUGCUCCUCGCCGCCGCCAGCAAAGCUUUGGCGGCCAAGGUGGAGGCCACAGAUGGAGACCCGUUUGUAUGGCACUGGCCUCAGGUCCCUGCCGCAGUGGCGCGGGGGAUCGUCGCGUAUAGCUGCGGGGCUUCUCGGCCGUUUGCCGAGUGCUCUGCAUCAGAGGCUCAGAUGGCGUGGUCUGUGCUUCGCACGGGGACGCCUGUGCAAGAGACAGAGGGCGCUGCAAAAAGCGCCGUAGCGAGCAGAGGUCAGGAAGGUUCAGUGGCAUCAAGCGUGCUGCCACUGUGCAUGGUUGGCGCCUCGCUGAUGGCAUACUACCCAGUUGUAAACUUCAACAUGGAGACGGGUGGCUUCUUCAUGGACGAUGCAAUGAUCCGCAGGAAUGCCGUGGUGGUGGACGAGGCCUUGGACUUGCAGAGGCUGUGGCGCACUGACUACUGGGGCCUGGAGAUGUUUGACCCGAACACCUGGACGCACAAGUCGUUCCGACCCUUCACCGUCCUCACCUUCAGGUGGAACUACCUCGCGCAUGGCUUUGGAAGCUGCGGCUUUCACCUCACAAACGCCCUGCUGCAUGGCCUCUGCUCCCUGCAGCUCGGCGCCUUCGGCGGUUCCUCGCUGCGGCUGCCGCCCCGCUGGGCUGCGCUCUUAGCUUGCUUGUUUGCGAUCCACCCCGUGCACACAGAGAGCAUAUGCUAUGUCGUCGGCAGGGCGGACAUCAUUUGUGCACAGGUACUUCUCUUGGCGAUGCAGUUUUAUGGCCGUGUCCUGUCUGGUGGAUCCUGGGCCUGGCUGCGGCUCCUUUGCUGCACGGCCUUGGUGGUGCUUGCCGGACUUUGCAAGGAGACAGGCUUCACCUUCUUUGGCCUUCUGGUGAUUUGGGAGGUGCUGAAAAUGCGAGGUGGCCUGCACGCUUGGCUGCGCGUGUUGGGACUCCUGGUCAUCGGCGCUGCAGCGUGUGCUGUAAGAGUGUGGUACACCGCCGGCACGCAGAUCGCGCGGAUGGACCCGUACAGCAAUCCAAUCGCUGCCAGUGAUGACCCUUACACCCGGGUCCUCUCCUAUGCCCUGGUGCAUGGCAUGUACAUGAAGCUGCUUCUUUGGCCACUGUUCCUGUGCUAUGACUACUCCAUGGACGCUGUGCCCUUGGUGCAAUCCGCCGCGGAUGUCCGGCUACUCUUGCCCUGCGCAGCGUACCUGGGCUUCCUGGCGGCGGGCUGCCGCGCCUUGGGCCGAAGGAGCUACGGCCAGGCGCCGGUGCUGGGCUUGGCGAUUUUCGUGCUCAGCUUCUUGCCGAUGACAAACAUCCUCUUUCCCAUAGGCACACUGGUGGCGGAGCGGCUGCUGUAUAUCCCAUCCAUGGGCUUCCUGGUGGUCUUGGUGUGCUUCGCCAAAGGGCUCGAGAAGGUGCAGUUCGCCGUCAGGAGACCUUUCUCCUUUGGGUGGCAUUGGUCUCUUUGCUCCUCUUUUGGUGGUGGCUAUGCUAUACGAGGGUGA